AUGGACUUCCUGAGCCGCCAAAAGGGACUCUGCUUGAAACGGCUUCAUGCACCAAAGGCUUUGCUAUCAGAUGUUAGGCUUUGCAAUGACUAUCUCACAGUACUGAGAAGAGGAGAGAGCCUUGCACAAUACUUGGGAGAGAAGUUAUUCAUCAACUACAUGGAAGAGAGACUCAACAAUCUUCUCAACUCUCCAGAUCAUCCCAUUUCCAUCCAUGACAGUGAAGGACGGGCCAAGCAUGUUAGGUGGGCCUACCUCUUACGCCACCUGGAACCUGAUCAGUUUGAAGAAGAAGAUGGUGUUCCUCGAGCCAUGGCCAAUAUUGGAAGAUGUGCAAAAGGAACUGGAUACUACUGA